AUGUUUAGAAUGAUGGUAAGGAUGGUUAUUUCGAUUUUUCUGUUUCCAUACAGUAGAAAAUUUCGUGGCGACCUAGUAAUCCGUAUAGAUGGUGGGCCAAUGUUUGCGGACGACCGCUUUGCUGGAAAAGAACCACGAAGAUUUGGCUGGCAUUUUUAAAAAUCAGCCAACGUUUCCUUACAACAGGAAAUUCAAACGAUGAUUUGUCUGCUAGAUGUUGCAAAUUAAGUUUCCGGGGCUUUGGUAGUUCAGCCCCCCACGAAAGGUAGUUCAAACCCCCACUGUUUUGCCCGUUUCAAACCCCCAUAAUGAAACAUUAGAAUAAUACAAAAAAUGCAAAUCAGAGUAAUCCCAAGGUUUUAGAUCAAGCUCCUUAGGUUUUAGAUCAAACCGUUGUCCAAAGUCCGUUACAACAUUGCUUCUCAUCAAGCUUUCAGUGAAGGUUUCUGGGUUCAGAUUGGAUGUGAGGGUCUGUACUGGGUCAUGGGGGUCUGAACUGGACUGGGGGUUUGUACUACCUUAGCCCCAAGUUUCCAAGUGAACUUUUAAGGGUUCAGGAAGCCUUUUUUUACAAACAAAACUCCAAAACUUUGUCAACGAAUUCAAUAGAUUCGUGUAACUGUAUAUAACAGAGAGUUGCCAACGCAAAAUUUCUAUCAGAUUGCGUAGAUUACGGUAGAAAAAUCGUAAUUCUAAUACGUGCCCGCAAAGUGCUUGCCAGAAAGGUUCGGUAUAAGCUGCCAUGUACAUACAUGCAUAUUUUAAUAAUAUAACUUAAUUAUUUUAAUAUUAAUAAUUGCACUAUUGGAUACCACCUCAUUAUUGUGUGUACUUUUAGGUAGUUAAAUUAGUUUUUGUUGGUCUGUUAAGACCGUGGAACUUAUAUUACAGCCGUCUGACCACUGACGGUGCACGGCAACCCAAAAUAGAACAAAAAUGUCUCCCGCCCACUUUUGAAUUUCGUCCAAACGAAGUGUCAAAAUUCACAAAAGAAAUAUUAUAAAAUAAUUCCGAGAAAAAUAUUUUUCGGUCGGAAAACCACACGAAAAAUUCACUUUUGACAUUUCGUUUGAAUUCAACCGAUACUAGGUGGGCGAAGCGCCGAAACGAGGCGGGAGACCCCCUGGGCUGCAUUGCGGUGUGAUUGAACGGACCGAUGCGUAAUUACAGCUUCUCUUGUCUACUUUUUUAUCCUACUAUAGCUGGUUGUCGAUUGCAGGCCGCAAACAUGCCCAAGGCCUUCAUCGGCCAGCCCGCCCCCGAGUUCACGGCCGACGCCGUCGUGGACGGCGACUUCAAGACCGUCAGCUUGCGGGACUACCGCGGCAAGUACGUGGUCCUGUUCUUCUACCCGCUCGACUUCACGUUCGUCUGCCCCACCGAGAUCAUCGCCUUCUCCGAGGCGGCCGACCAGUUCCGGCAGCUCGGCGUGGAGCUGUUGGCCGCCAGCUGCGACACCAAGUUCUCGCAUUUGGCGUGGAUCAACCAACCGCGCAAGCACGGCGGACUGGGCGAGAUGAAGAUCCCCGUGAUCGCCGACCCCAACCACAGGAUCUCACGCGACUACGGCGUUCUCAUUGAAGAGGCGGGGAUUGCGUUCCGGUGAGUUGGGGGCGAAUAUCAUACAGUGGCGAGACCUAAAAAUACGCAAGACUUAUGGGACACCCUAAUAGUACUACCGACCAGAAUUAGGAAGAUCUCCAACCGUUUUUCUUUUCGUUUCGAGUGCGCAGCGACCUUCGACUUGAUUUUAAUUAUAUUAUUAUUAUUUCCUUCCCUUUCAGCGGCUUGUUCAUCAUCGACGGAAACGGAAUCCUCCGUCAGGUGACCAUCAACGACCUUCCGGUGGGCCGCUCCGUAGAAGAGACGCUCCGCUUGAUCCAAGCCUUCCAGUACACGGACAAGCACGGCGAGGUGUGUCCGGCCGGCUGGCAGCCAGGCCACGACACCAUCAAGCCCGAUGUCAAGAAAUCGCACGAAUACUUCAACAAACACUAA